AUGGCAUUCGGACUCGGUGUCGGAGACUUCAUUGCGGCCGGCGAGCUGACUUGGCGCCUUUACCGCGACUGCUUCCUGAUCGCCCGGGGAGCUCCCCAGGAAUUCCGGAUGCUGCUUUUCGAAGACGAAUGCAAAGAUCCGACGUCCGUUCCGGUGCGAGCCGGGGAAGAGCGUCUACGGAUGGUGAAGGAUCUGUUGGAGCAGCAUCGCAAUCUAGGCAACGUUUCUCGGAGCAGUAUGAAAAAAGGUUGGGGUCAGUUCAAAUGGGCACUUUCCUACCACAAUGGCCUACUGGCUUUGCUUCUCACCUGCGCUCGGCAAUCGUCGCUCCAACGCCUGGAGGUCACCACCCAAUCCAUCGACGCUGGUGUCCAGGAGAUCCAGAUGUUCCUCAAGCGAGCCGACACAGGAAACGUAUCUCUCCCUGUGGCUUCGUCGUUAGCGGAUAGUACGGUGAGGAUUGAAUUCAGCCAAAAGUGUAUGGAGGCGGCCCUGACUUCGCAGCGCUGGACGGCAAUCGGCAUCGAAGACUGUAUCACUACUGGCAGGUGGUGGAUACUAAGAGCGCAUACGGAUUUUCGUACCGCAAUCGAUACUGUGCCAAAGGAGGCAUAUGUCAACCUGUUGAAGGCUUCGUGGAUCCUGACGGACAUCAUCACUGUGCACCCUCAGCUGGUCUACAUCGAAACCACCGUGCGAUACGAUGUUCUACAUCUAACCGAGGCUAUCAAAGAUGAAUUCGGAUAUGUCGAGGCCCAAAUUCUCGGAAUUCCCACUCUCGACAACGACAAGCAGCUACAGAUCUGGGAGUCCGAAUCGAAAAACUCAACACUAAAGCCAGGCUCGGUUUCGGGUGAGCGGACGUGGGUUAUGAAGGACGAACACAUCGUGUUUCAAAAAUAG